CGCGCCGCAGCCGGAGAAGCUACUGGGCCGCGUCGCCCCCGCGCAGGGCGGGCCUGCGCGCUUAUUCCGCCCGGGAGCAGCGCAGCGCCGAGCCCGCUGCCGGCCGCCCCUGCGGGAUGCUGCGCUCCACGUCCACCGUCACCCUGCUCUCGGGCGGCGGCGCCAGGGCGCCCGGGGCGCCCAGCAGGAGGGCAAAUGUCUGCAGACUACGGCUGACUGUCCCUCCCGAGAAUCCAGUUUCUGAGCAAAGUGAAAAGAAGAUUGAAAGAAAAGAGCAAUAUCCUGACCUAAGCAAUGGAGAACCGGCCAGGAAACUUCCUCAGGGCGUUGUCUAUGGAGUGGUGCGAAGGUCAGAUCAAAAUCAGCAGAAGGAAAUGGUGGUGUAUGGGUGGUCCACCAAUCAGCUGAAAGAAGAGAUGAACUACAUCAAAGAUGUGAGAGCCACUUUGGAAAAAGUAAGGAAGCGAAUGUACGGAGACUAUGAUGAAAUGAGACGGAAGAUUCGACAGCUCACCCAGGAACUGUCUGUUUCACAGGCUCAGCAGGACUAUCUAGAGAAUCACAUCCAAACACAGUCGUCAGCCCUGGAUAGUUUUAAUGCCAUGAACUCAGCUUUGGCGUCGGAUUCCAUUGACCUGCAGAAAACCCUUGUGGAUGUUACUUUGGAAAAUAGCGACAUCAAGGAUCAAAUCAGAAAUUUGCAGCAGACGUAUGAAGCAUCCAUGGACAAGCUUCGGGAAAAGCAGAGGCAGUUAGAGGUGGCGCAAGUGGAGAACAAGCUGCUGAGGAUGAAGGUGGAAUCGUCCCAAGAAGCCAACGCCGAGGUGAUGAGAGAGAUGACCAAGAAGCUGUACAGCCAGUACGAAGAGAAGCUGCACGAAGAGCAGCAGAAGCACAAUGCUGAGAAAGAGGCUCUGCUGGAGGAAACCAAUAGUUUUCUGAAAGCAAUUGAAGAAGCCAAUAAGAAGAUGCUAGCAGCAGAGAUCAGCCUAGAGGAGAAAGACCAGAGGAUUGGAGAGCUGGACAGGCUGAUUGAGCGCAUGGAAAAGGAACGCCACCAACUACAACUACAGCUCCUAGAGCAUGAAACGGAAAUGUCAGGGGAAAUAACUGAUUCUGACAAGGAAAGGUAUCAGCAGCUGGAGGAGGCAUCUGCCAGCCUCCGCGAACGGAUCAGACACCUAGAUGACAUGGUGCAUUGCCAGCAGAAGAAAGUCAAGCAGAUGGUUGAGGAGAUCAUGUCACACGAACUCUUCUCCAGAUUUAGUCUCCGGCUCGUUGGAAGAUGAUAAAUGGUAGCCUGCUCUGGGUUGGAAGCGAUCCCUUUUAUUGUUCGCGAUUAGAAGAACGCUUGUACUCUCUCUGCUGGGAAGAGGUGGCAUGUAUCUGUGAUGAGCGGAUGAACAAACAGGAGGGGCAUGCUAUUGAAAAUAGGACCAUGUAGGGCUCUCAUUUGUGAAAACCCCCACAUACCGUAACCUCAACCUGUCCAGACUCACAUUGCGGAGUCACGAGAACUCAAAGCUCCAGAGAGUAUUUUUAGAAACUUGGGUUCCUAGACAUCAUAGAAGGAACUGCAAUGAAAAAUAGUACUAAAAAAUCAUUCAGAAAGUGCCAGGUGGAGGCUCAUCUUAAGAUCCUGGAAAAUGGAGCCUUACUUAUGGAAAAGCUGCCAAGGACACCUGCUAAGGAGAUGGGACGUGGGCUUGAAGAACUCCAGUGCUCCAGGAAGGAAGUGCUCCCCACCAGAUCACAUCCCAGAAAAUACAGAAGCAGCCAAGUGUCCAUGUAGUUUGAUUAUAUUUGUAUGUGAGAGGCGGCCUUGAGGAUGUCUUUUCUGAAUGGAGAUCAACAGCACUAGUCAACUUAGCCCUCUUCUUGUUCGUUUAAGAAAAGUUUGGUUUGCUUCCAUCACCGUGGGCAUUUUGCCUGAAUAGACAGUUCAACUAACUUCGUGAGAAGGAGAAGUGUUAUCUGAUGAAAAGAGAAAUAUAUUUGGCUGAAAUUCACUGAAGUGAAAUAUGUUUCAUGCAUGCUUUAUUUUUAUGGAGGUCUUCUUGAGACAGCCACAGGUGCUAGCAUCUCAUCAAAACCUAACAGUGUUGCUGAAAACUGGUAGUAGUAGCAGCAGCAGCAGUGGUAGUCAUAGUCAGUGGUGGUGGUAGCCUACGUAAGCUACUAGACUGGGCUAAUGGAGGGAGUUCAUCGGGGCUGGGUGUCCCUUAGUCGUUGGGUGGUUCUCCACUCCCACCGCCUCUCCAUGGCAAAGAGGGCAUGCGGAUGCUUUCUUGUCAAUAGUUGCAUUUGGUUUUUCAUUUAGACGUCUCCGCCCAGUUUAAGCAUGUAGGCAGUGGAUGGGAAAGGAGGCAGAUGAAUAAUUUUUAUAUUAGUAAUGAACUGUUAGUGCAGUUUACCUAUGCUGGUGUUCUGUUUAAAUGCAGAUCCCUAGAUACCCUGCUGGGUAUCCAGACUUCCGCUAGGGAGAUUUGAGUCACAUUUGAGAAUCGCUAAUAUAGAUGUUGCUCUGGCAUAGUGACCUACGCUGUUUCUAGGGGUACCUUUAGUGCCCUCGUGUUUUUGUAAGUCUCUGCUGGAAAAGUUACUGGCACUUGUUCUAGUGGAAAAGAUUGAUUACGCAGCUUCAAAAAAAUGAAAUAAUAUGAAAUGUAAUGUAAGGGAAUGUAAUGACGUGUAGAGAAAGUGGGUCACCCAUGUGAGCCUCUCUCCCAGGGCUGUGUGCUCUCCCCCUGCUCUUGGAGUUUCUUCUCUCUUUUGGGCUACAGACAGUAACUGGAGGCCAGCUAGACCUUGUUUUGUGAGGCGGAGAGUGAGUGAGGUGUGUAGGGUGUCUGCAGGACUCUGAGAGUGCCUCUGAAAUUUGUCACCCUAGGUACCUCGGGCAUGUCCCCUAGCGUGGCCCUGAGGCCUGGGCUAGUUGGUGAUCUCCUUAGAAAUGGGUCCCUUCCCUGACGGAAGCUCCCUCAACUUGGCCCUCCCUGCCUAUGCUGGUGCCCCUCAAUUCACCCUUUCCUGCCAGGACUGUGAUAGAGUGUGAACUUGACUCAUCGCAUGUCAAACCUGAGUUAGGUGCUCCACUCCUGCCCCCUCCCCCCCAACUAGAUUGUUAUCCUCGGACUCUUAAGGCUACAGUUCUGUCUCGUGGCCCCUCCAUGCCCCACCCGAAGGAGGUGCUCCUCAAAAGUUUAAGGCAGAAUUUAUUUAUAGUAAAUGAAAAUGUUAUUGUUUCGAAUUCUGGUCUUUAACAUUGUAUUGUUCACUUCUUUAUUUUAAAAUCUUGGAUACUUUAUCUAAAAUGUGAGGUUUUUAGAAGGUAUCAGAAAGCUCAUAUGUAUAUAAGCCUUUAUUUCUGUGCAUUAUAGAAAUAUUACGGGUUCAUUGUAUGGCAUGUACUGAUUAAUGUGCUCAUGAUACAAAUGAUCCUUUCAAGGGGGAAGAUCUUUUCUUUGUAAAUGUCAUUGAACUACUUUCUCUUUGUUGAGACUGUUUCUCUUUGGGGCUGAAAUAUUUCUCAGAGACCUGGGUGCCCACGUUCUGCCCGUAGAGAGUAUGUGAGGCUGUGCUCCUGUUUCUGGGAACUACCUGCUGUGGACUGUUUCUCACAUUUCAGGGCUAUGCCUGUACACCUCACAUUCCCACUGUAACCCUCUGUGGAGGUAUUAUCAGCACAAUUUUUUAAGCACAGGAAACUGAGAUGUAGAGUCUUAAAAAAUGGGUAGCCUGCAGUCUCUCAGUAAAUGAUGGUGAUGCAGGGUCCACACCUCAAUCUUUGACUCCAAAGCCAUCGUUCAUUUGCUGCUUUUUUUUUUAAUUGGAAAAAAAUUUUAAAUAUGGAAAAUUAUACAGAAUGAUAAAAACAAAAACCCAUGUACUUUCCUCUAGAAUUGACAAAUGUUAACAUUUUGGCAUAUUUCAGAUUUUUUUCUAAAUAAAAGAAAACAUUACAGGCAAAGAAGAGGUUCUCUUUUUACUCUUCUCCAGUUCUGAUCUUUUUUCUUCUUCCCCUCUCUCUCCCCCUUCAGAGGCAAUUUGGUCUGUAUCCAGGCCAUGUUUCUGUGCUCUUAUGCAUACACGUGUAUCUAUUAUCAGUAUGUAGCUUUGUUUAUGUAUUUAAAAUGUAUGUAAAUUUUUGUUUAUAAUAGAUAAAUAAGCAGAUUUUAUCGUGUAUAGUUUACAACUCUUCUCCCCAAUUUUGUUUUUGAUGUUGUUACAUAAAUAUCUAAAUUAUUUCAUUUUAAUGGCUGUCUACUAUUCCACUAUAUGAAUAUAUUUUAAUGUAUCCUAUUGAUAGACAUUUAGCUUGUUUCCAAGUUUUUAUUCUUUUACAAAUGAUGCCAAACAUGUCUCUGUGCUUCUCUAGCUAUGGAAUAUACUUAGGGAGGAAUUGCUUGGGCCUGGGUUGGCACAAUUUCACAUGUCCUAGAUGUUGCUGCCCAAUUGGUCUCCAAGGUGUGGACGUGCUUCCACCUAUCACAUAUGGAGGGUAGAUUUCUCCACAUCCUCACCACCUCUUGGCAUUGUUGGACUAUCAUUUUAGCCAGUUGUGAAACAGUGUCCCUUUGUUUUAAUUUUAAUUUGCAUCAGUCUGAUUGCUACUCAUAAUGGCUGAGGUUGAGCAUCUUUUCCUAAGCUUACUCACCAUGCAGGCUUCCACCCUCAUGAAUUGGCUGUUCACGUCUAUUGUUCAUUUUCUGCUUGGUUGUUUUUCAUUUUUUUCUGCUGACUUGUGGGGACUCUGUAUACUAUCAAUGUCCAUCAUUUAUCAAAAAAUAUUUGGGUGCCAUUAUCUUCUCUCGGUCAAUGGUGUUUGUUUGUUUGUUUGUGGUAUUUUGUAUAAGAGACAAGUUUUUCAUUUUUGGCAUAACGUUAUCAGUCUUUUUGUGCUGUGUUAUGUGUCUUGUCUGUCUGUCAUAGGGAUAUUUUUUGUGAUAGCUUUAGAGUUGUGUUUUUCAUCUUCAGAUCUUUAAUUAUAACCCCACACUUGCACCCUCCAUCCUCUCCCUAGCUCUGUUUGUCUCCCCAGCACUUAUCGUUUUGUAAUAGGUCCUACACUUCACUUCUCUGUUUUGCUUAUUUCCUUGUUGUCUUUUUUCCUCCACUAGCAUGUAAGCUCCACGAGGGCAGUUGUUUUGUCUACUUUGUUCAUGGCUGUACCCCUAACGCCUGGAAUAGUCACUGGCAUAUAGUAGGUGUUCAAUAAAUAUUUGCUGAACAAAUAA